CCUGGAACAGGCAGAUUGAGGAGCGGGCGAGUUAUGUCUCAAUGUCAUUUCCGUGAUGGAUGCAAAGUAGCAGUUAGUCGGGGGGGAAAGAAAAAAUCAAUGGGAAUGUGAUGGAACUCCGAGAAAUCAUAGAGUAUGGAGCGCAACAGAGAAGCGGCCAGCAUCUACCAACAUAUCCAUGUUCAUUUGCAAGGUGGAGCCCCAUGGGGCUUUACCCUAAAGGGGGGGCUGGAACACGGAGAGCCCCUCACCAUCUCAAAGAUUGAAGAUGGAGGGAAGGCUGCUUUGUCGAAGAAACUACAGGUUGGGGAUGAAAUUAUAAACAUCAGUGGCUCACCACUAUAUGGCUCAAGACAGGAGGCGCUUAUCCUUAUUAAAGGAUCAUUCAGGGCACUGAAGAUGGUGGUGAAAAGAAGAACUGGUCCUGGGAUAAGACCUUACACAUGGCACUUGGCCAAGUUAUCAGAGGGACAGCCUGAGGCCACUACGAUGCCCUAUUCAUCAGGGUCUCUUAGUUUGUCAUGGCAUUCGGGAUAUGAUUCCAGUGACUUUCCUAUGCAGUGGGAUCAACUAGCUCUCCAUCAUAGCUUGGAUCAAAGGAGCUCAUUUGGAAGUAUGGACAGCCUUGACCAACCCAACCAAAAUUGUGAUCAAAGCACAUACCCUAACAAAAGAGAUUCUGCCUACAGCUCAUUUUCUGCAAGCUCUAAUACCUCUGACUACACCGUUUCCUCAUCAAUGAAGACUGAUGAGUCUGCAUCCCUGGACAGUAUAUUGCAUAGUUUGGGACCAUGGUUACCAGUGAAGUAUGGAGAUGCCCAGUAUUUGCAAAGUGGAAGUGAAGGUGGGGAACCAGUGGCUGAGGAACAAUUAUGUUCUCACUGUGGAAAGAGGUCAUCUGAAGGAGACAAUGUGCCAGCAUCCCAUGUGCUUGGCGAAAGUGCUGCAGGUUCUACCAGCUCAGCUCCUCCCCCGCCUCCUGUUCGCAGGGAAAGUUUUGUGGCCACUAAAUCCCGCUCUGCAUCUAUGUGUCUGACGAAUUCUGAGGCACUUGCAGCAAAAAAUUUGCUGCUUCAUCGUGGAAGGUGGACUUCUGAAACCUUGUUAUCAGUAAAAAAUAGAGAUUCUGAGGGAGAAUCUUACUGUGUUCCCAAUUGCUCUACUAGCCCUUCCCAGUACUCUAGCAAAUCCAUAUCUAGUCAUUGUCCAAUAGAGUGUUGUUGUUUGCUAAGGCAACAACCAAGGCUUUACUGUCAUUCUCAUAGGCACAGUGAAGAAAUCGUUUCACAUGAAAAUGCAACACGUCCUAGAAAAUCUAUCCAGUAUUUGAUGGGGCAGUUGAAUUCAUGCAACUUAAUUGAUCCGUCCUUUGUUGCCAGUCAAUACCAGAACACAAACCGAAUGGAUCAAAAUAAAAAAUUAACUUUGAAUGUACAUAGACACAGUGCACCUGAAAGGUUGUUAUCAGUGCAACUACUUCCACAAAUGAUUUCAGAUUGUAAUAAAAAUGGAAUACAGUGUAACCAAGAAAGAGGUGAAUGGCCCAAUAGUAUAUCAACACCUCAGAUUGGAUAUCAGUCCAAUGCUGGGGGUCUUUAUAAAGCUUUAAACAAAAUUGAUACUUCAUUUGAAAAACAGAUAAAAGAGACUCCAAUGAGUUCUGAAUGUAUACUGAAGGAAAAGCAACAAGAAACUGAUGGUUCUUCCUACAGUCACUGUAUAGAUAGUCAAGAUCUAUCUUCAUCUUGCAAGACUCAACUCAGUCAAACAAGCUGCCAAGGUGCAACUGCUGAAAUGAUAGCCCAUCAACAGGAAUCCCCAAGCCCGUCGGAUAAAAUGAGUGAAAUUGGAAGCACAUCCUCAAGUAGUCAUGUUUUGGAAAUAGAGAAUGAAAUUUUCCGAAAUGCCCGGUUAUCAAGUUCCAAAGCAGCAAGAAUGCGGCGGAAAAGUGAUCGCUUUGCCACAAAUUUGCGUAAUGAGAUACAAAUGAAGAAAGCUCAGCUCCAGAAGAACAGAAGUGGUGCUGCACUGCUGCAGAUGGAAGAAACUUCAGAAGAAAUGAGUGAUUCAAGAGAGGGGCCAUCCACUUCCUAUACUUGCAUAACCAAUGAGUCUGAAGCCAAUAACAGAGCAGAAGAAACAACCAGUGCAAAGACAGAGACCACAAGUUCCAAUAAAGACCUGGAUAACACAUCUGAAAAUCAUAAAGCUGGAAGUAUGUAUUUUUGUUCAUUGGCCAGCAACUCCAAUAUUUCGCCAAACAAAUAUAAAUCAGAAAUAGAUGCAUUAUCCAAAACUGUUGAGCAGAAGACUGCACAGAAUUCUUGUGGCAGUGACCUGAGGAGAUGGACAUCAGAAAAUAAGCUGGAGUUUCAAAAUAAGGUGAUAAAGGAAAGUGGAGCAGAUGAGGUAAAACCAUGUACAGUGCCAUUGUUGGAAGAACCAGAUACCUCCCCAUUGGUGCCUUUUGCAGAGAGGAGAAGAUUCUUUGAAGAAACUAGUAAAAUUUUCUCCGGAUCUGAUUCGGUAGGACCUCAGAGUAAAUCAAAUUCAUUAGGAAGGUGUAAAGCUCAGCAUUUAUGCAGUAAGUUGCAUGUUAAUCAACGUGAUGAUCCAAAGCCACCUCCUGAGGAAAACUUCCAUCACUCCACAGGCAGGGUUGAUCAGUGCCCUGAGAAAUAUACGGUUUGUUCAUUUAGAGAUAUAGAGCAACAAAAGUACAACCAUCAAGGAGAGAAACAAUGUGAACAGAAAUGCGACAAUUUAGAGCCACUCAAACCAAAUAUACCAUGCACUUUGAAAAAACAUGUUCAGCAAAUACAACAAGCUGCUGGAGAUGUAUCCAUACAUUAUCAGGAUUUUCAUUCAGUUAACAUUCACCUCGAAGAACCUCAUUCUAAAACAAGGUUCGAGCAGAUUCCAGCCACUUUAACUAAGGGAUAUCCGGUGGAAAAACUGGAUCAGACUGAGAUAAACAGGAAGUUUUCUUCACCAGAAAGAGAAACAGAGGUGCAAACUCUAAGCAAUGUUCAAGAAGCAUGUUCUGAAUCAAACUCAAAAGAGAAUCUCAAUAAUGAUUGGAAUAGGCUGCCAAGGAGCACAAGAGAAGAAAGUUCUUGGGAGACGCCCAGCCCAUCUACUACAUUAUCUUUGAAAUAUCCUGAAAAUUCUCCACACUCUCCCCAAAGAGAAGAAGGUGUUUGCAACUGUAGCACUCACCGUACGGUUUGUGAAUCAUCAGAUGUAUUGAGGAAGUCUGAAGGAGAGAGACAUGAUCUUGAGGCAUGUAGCUAUGCCGAUUUAUCUGCCAACAAAAUAAAGAAAAAAUCUCCACCACAGAGGCCACCACCACCAGACUGGGGGAAAUACAGAUUACAGAAACUCUCUCAGCAUGAAACAAUAGAUUUGGGAAAACAACCAUUGCAAUGCAAAUCAUCAGAUUUGGAAACACAUAAUCCUAGGAAUUUGCCUCAACAUGAAUCUCCAGUUACAAACAAGAGUCAGUUUGGGAAACCACCUCGACACGAAGUGGAGAAUUUGGAGAAGAGCCAGAAAGAAUCUAGAUGUGAAUUACCAGAUUUGGAAAAAUACCAGGCCAGGAAACUACCACAUCGUGAAUCGGAGGACUUGGAAAAGUGCCAGUUCAAGAAAGUGAUCCAACAUGAGUUGCCAGAUUUGGAAAAGUUGCAGCCCCAGAAAUCACCUCAACGUGAAUUGCUAAAUGUGAACAAGUACCGAUCUAGAAGUCUGGGCCAAUAUGAAAUAUCAGAUAUGGACAAGUUCCCACCCCGGAAACUAUCCCAGCAUGAAUUGCCGGACAUGGACAGAUAUCCGGCCCGGAAGAUGUUCCAGCAUGAAUUGCCGGACAUAGAGAGCUAUCCACCCCGGAAACUGUCCCAGCAUGAAUUGCCAGAUGUGGAAAGGUAUCCACCCCGGAAACUAUCCCAGCAUGAAUUGCCAGAUGUGGAAAGGUAUCCACCCCGGAAACUGUCCCAGCAUGAAUUGCCGGACAUAGAGAGCUAUCCACCCCGGAAACUAUCCCAGCAUGAAUUGCCAGACGUGGACAGAUAUCCGGCCCGGAAGAUGUUCCAGCAUGAAUUGCCGGACAUAGAGAGGUAUCCACCCCGGAAACUGUCCCAGCAUGAAUUGCCGGACAUAGAGAGCUAUCCACCCCGGAAACUAUCCCAGCAUGAAUUGCCAGACGUGGACAGAUAUCCGGCCCGGAAGAUGUUCCAGCAUGAAUUGCCGGACAUAGAGAGGUAUCCACCCCGGAAACUGUCCCUGCAUGAAUUGACAGAUGUGGAGAGAUAUCCACCCCGGAAACUGUCCCUGCAUGAAUUGACAGAUGUGGAGAGAUAUCCACCUCGGAAACUGUCCCUGCAUGAAUUGCCGGACAUGGACAGGUAUCUGCCAAGGAAUCUGUCCCACAACGAAUUGCCGGAUUUGGACAAAUGUCCACUCUGGAAACCAUGCCAACAUGAAUUUUUGGAUAUGGGCAAAAUUCCAUCUCGUAAACUGUGCAAACAUGAACUACCAGAUAUAGAGAAGUACCAGAGCCAAACACUGUCAGAACAUGAAUUGCAAGAUUUACACAAAUACCAUUCCCGGAAACUUUCUCUGCAUGAAUUGCCAGAUUUGGAGAAGUACCAGUUAAGAAAACUAUCCUUGCGUGAAUUGCCAGAUUUGGAUAACUAUCGGUUACAGAGAGAUGCUCAGUAUGAGUUGGAUCCUAUGUUAAUCUCAGAGCCCACAUCAAUGAGCUGGAAAAAGUCAGAACCAUUGACUGAGAGGGCAGCGUGGGCUUAUUCAGAUCGCUCUCCAAGUACUGGCUCAGCUGUGGACACCGCAACACAAUAUUCUCAUCCAUCACAAAUCUGUACAGAGUACUCAACAGGCUUUCAGUACAGGUAUCCAGGAUCCAGUUUCAUUAAUCCAAGAUGCUUAGUACCUUCCCCUUUAGUUCCUGUUUCAGGCGAACAUAUGAUCACUUCAUUGUAUAAUUAUAAAUCACAGAGGCCAAAGAUGAAAUUGGCAAUGCCCCUGCACAGUGAUGUCACACCAAGAAAUCAAAAAAUAAUGGAUUCAAUGGGAGCAGCAAUAUCCAGAGGAGGAAGGAACUGGCCUUUUGAAGGCAACAUUCCACCAAUGAAUGAAGUCGAUCUGGGUUGUCAGCGAUGUGGGGAGCCAUACUCAAGUAUUAUCAGCAGGCAAGAUGAAAGGUGGGAAGAUUCAGAAAUUUACAUAAAACCAGUUAACAGAUCACAAAGAAACAUUAUAAGAAGACCCUCUUGGGAUCCUGGAGAAGGAAUUGAGACAGUGAGGUGCUGUCCAGAUGUAAAGAGCACACCUCCCACUGAGUUGACUUCAGAGGAAUUAGUGAGAGAUAUUGCAGGGAAAGACCAAUCUCUGGCAGACAUUCUGGAUCCAGACUCAAAAAUGAAGAGCGCUGUGGAUGUGAUGGGUGGAAUCUUUCCAGAAAGCAAAGAGGAACUGUCGCAGGCACGUGAGCGCAAGAAACGGAAUCCACUCCAAUUGAGUCUGAAUAUUAACUCUGAGAAGGUUUCAUUGCCGGCUACCUCUUCAACAAUGAUUGGCUCAACUACUUGUUCCACCUACUAUAGCACAUCUGCUGCCAAGGCUGAACUAUUGAAUAAGAUGAAGGACCUUCCCAAAAUGGCAGAAGACUGUAUGGAAGAGGAUGAGGAAGAGGAAGAUAACAAGUUGAUAGAAAAAAAGCAACAAUUGAUCUGCAGUCUUAGCAGGAAACUCAGUGUAUUGCAUGAAGCCCAGAAGAGCCUCUUGGAAGACAUCAGUGCAAACUGUGUCCUGGGGGAAGAAGCAGAAAGAAUGGUGAACAAUGUCUGCAAACCAAAUGAGUUUGAUAAGUACCGAAUGUUCAUUGGGGAUCUGGAUAAGGUCGUGAAUCUCUUACUGUCUCUCUCGGGUCGUCUUGCAAGAGUGGAAAAUGCCUUAAAUAAUUUGGAUCCUGAUGCAAAUGAGGAAGAAAGGCAUGCACUGAAUGAAAAGAAAAAGCAACUUACAGCACAACUUGAAGAGGCCAAAGAGCUAAAGGAACACGUGGAUCGCAGGGAACGCGCUGUCCAUGAUAUUCUGGUUAAGCAUUUGUCAGAAGAUGAGCUCCAGGAUUACACUCACUUUGUAAAGAUGAAAUCUGCUCUAAUCAUCGAGCAGCGAGAGCUGGAAGAUAAAAUCAGACUUGGUGAAGAGCAGCUCAAGUGUCUGAGGGAGAGCUUAUCUCAUGGAGCAUGCAAAGAUAACAUCUGAAAUCACUGAGUAAAUUUUAGCCCAAGUUACUAACCACAAACCUUUCAAAUUCCAAAGCAAUGGGUUCACUUAUCAAAUGUGUUUCUAACCAGUGUUUUAAAAUGCAGAAUGUGAUUGAUGAUUGUGAACUUUAGCCUUGCUUAUCAUGUUAUCUGUAAUUCUAUAGUUGUAAUAGCUCAUCUGAAAGUAAAUAUGUGUAGCUUCCAUGCAACUGGUCAAGACAACUCAUAUAAUGCUGGGUCACAGAUCGGGAAGGACCCAUUUUAAUUUUCCAUCUGAUAUCUUAGAGUAUGUUUAAAAACCUCACAUAACUUAGAGUUCAGGAAAGGAGGUUACCUUGGAUUCCUGAUUAUUAUCCAGUAAGACUUCUGGGGGUGAGGAGGACAGAAUCAAUGUUGGCUGAGCAGCAUAUUCGGUUUGAGUAUUAUGGUUCUUGCAGUUAGAUUAUUAUUUCAACUUGCACAAAAGUGAUGAAUUGAGCAAAGCACUCAAGGGCUAUCAGUGCAAUGUUAAGAAUCAGUGCCUUCAGCAGAAAAUAAGAUGUUCAAAAUGUUGAUAGUAAAUUGAUUUGUUUGCCAGAUCUGCCAAAAUGACUCAAUUCAAUUUUCUAACAGUUUUCUAGAGUUGAGUUGCACCGUAUGCUAGCACCAGUGAGAAGCUGCAUACAAAGGAUAUUCGUUCUUGGUUGCUGUUAUUACACUAAAUAACACUUGUAAAUCAAUUUUCCUCCAAAUUUUUCUUCUUGUAGUUUUAUUUUGGGUGGUUCAGUGCCUACUAUUAAAUAGUUACACUUAACAUUGUAUAGAUUACUUGACAAAUCCUUGAUUUAAAAAAAAUUCUACUGGGCAAUUAUUUAUUAUGACUUUUAAUUUUUAUUACUUUUGAAGGUGUGUAAGUGCCUUUUUCAUGAAGGGAAUAAACUAGAUGGACCACAGUGCAUUUUAAAGUGCCACGGUGCUGGCUUUUGAAAUCAGAUCCAUUAUAUUGUUUGUAUACAAAUAGCACCCCAAAGCUUCAUGUUGUUGCUUAAAGAGAAGAAUUAUGACUUUAUCAUUGAGAGAUGGCUUUAUCAUUGAAAGAUAACUUUAUUAUAUAUAAUUCAAAUAAAAAUACUUUCAAUUUCUUCUGAAGGUUUAUGAGUAAACCCAACAACCAAUGUAAAAAUAGCAAGGUAAGCUAGAAAAGUCCUUAUCCCCAGCAGGGUGAAAGAUGAAAAGCAGCUACUCAUCAAUUUUUGGUCAUCUUUGCUGAAAUGUGUGCUUUUUAGCUAAGAACAAGAUUAGGUCUUACUCUAAGAAUUUUCCAGCAUAAUAAAGCCCAAAGAUGGUGGUCAUUUGGGCAAAAUAUUCUGCACAGCUGGCACAGUGAGGGCAUCAGAAAUGAGCAAAGUGAUGCUUCUGAUUUUAAAAAAAAACUCUUCACUUUCAGGUUAAAAGUUUAGUGAAAUUGCCCAUUAAUCUCAGAACCAUUGAAAAUUUCUGAGUCCAUUGGCAGAUAGGAUUUGGUACGUAGUUACCUCAUUCCAGCUGUCUAUAGCAUGCUCUGGAAGUAUAAUAGAGCAAUGUGUUUGUGGCAUCUAUAGGUAGAUCUGACAGCAUUGCAGUCACAAAUAUUUUCAUUCCAAUAAUAACUAAGGCAGUUUCAGUCCUUUUCAUAUUGAUGGCAUGUAUACUGUAUAUUUGGAAAUUGUCAUUUAUGUGAUUUCAGUAGAUGUGAAUAGGACACUACAAAUAUUAUCAAACUGGCAGCUACUCUCAUCAUUAGAAGUUCAGUUACAAUAAAUUUAAAGAUAGGCAUUCCAUUUACUAUCAGCAUUGGAAAAUGUAGUAAAAAGGAAUGUAGUGAUGUUUUCUUGGUAGGUGCAUUAGAAUAAAGGAGAAAUACAAAACUGCUUGAUAAUGAGCACAAUUGAAUGAUUGUGCAAUUUAUGAUUUGUAUGCAAAGUAUAAUUUCUCAUUUAUGGGGUUAUAAUGGCUUCUGUACCAUGACAAUGUGUUGCAGAUUGAUUGGAAGUGACGGAAUCAAACAGUAAUUCUCAUGUUAAUAUUAGUAUUCAAAACUGGAAUUUCUGGAUCUCUACUUAAAAUUACGUACCGAAUUUUGUACAUUGGACUGUAGUCCAUAAGACUUUAUCAGGGUAUCUCAAUCAGCAUCUAGAAAUCUUUCUGCAAUGCUGUGUUAGUACAGUUUACUGCUUGAAGCAUUUCAUUCAAAAAUUGGCAUUGAAGUAAAUGUCCCAGCUGUUUUGCUAAUUAAAGCAGUAAGAUUGCAAGGAGAUGUUUAGGAUCCAGAGUACUGAGAAUUAGAUUUCCCAGAGAUUUGCCAAAUUUAAAUUCUAGGGUCUGUAUUUUAUUUUAUUAUUUCAUGUUUUCACAAACUAAAUCAACCAGAUUGAAAGCUGGUUGUAUCAUGUGUAUGCCAGCGGCUCCAUUUUCAGAAUCUAUGAUUUGAAGUCAGCUGAAGUAAGUUGCAGAUAUACUGGGGUGCAAAGGAAAUGAGGACAAAUACCCGGGAUAGUAUUGAUGGCAGAAAGCUGAUUAGGGGAGCUAGUGUGCAAUGAAGAGCAUAUGGACAGCAAAAGUAGUUUAUUGUUUAAGGUCUUGUGUUCAGCUGGAAAUUCACCUGUCCCUUUUACCCACACAGAAUUAACCUCAAGAAAGCCAUUAAGCCUUUCAUCUGGCUCGGGGAAUCUGCUCUAUGGAUCUUUAAAAACAUAGUUUGGAUGAAAGGAGAUCUUCACAGCAUCCUUCAACAAAAAUUCAGUGCCAAGUCACCACCCAAGAUUAGAUUAGUUAUACUGACCACCACUCUGCCUUCAUUAUACCAGAAAUGGUCAGGUUGAAAUUGGGUUGGAUGGAAUGCCCAUUUAUUGUUGCAUCUUACCCACCUUGGCAUCCUAAGCAAUAGGUAAUCUUACCCCAAUAUGAGGCUUGAUUAAUAAAGCUCUUCAUUUGUUGUGUCAAGCUCAGAGACUGUUCCUUAUUAUUGGCAAAUAAACACUGAAAUUCUAUAAUGUUAAUCAGUAUUUUCUUUUAAUCACAUUCUUUCAGCAUUCUUUUUUAAAUGAUGUAUGGGAUUUUUCUGUUCUGUUUUGUAUUAAUCAUGUCACAAAGCAGAAAAAUAAUCUGCCACUAUGGACAGAUUGGGAAUCACAGGUCAGUCCUUUAUGUUUUAGAUAUUAUCUUUACAUGCCUCAACUUCUAAUUCAGAACAUAACCAAUUCAGAUGAUAAUCCUCCAAUUAAAAUAUUACAAAAAUGUCAUACAAAUGUGUAUUAAAUCAACCAACUCUGCACUCCCCUCUUUUCAUUCUUUCCCUUACUCAUGUUCUUGCCCCCAACAUUAUUUGAGAUGUGGGAGAUUUCUAUGUGAAAAUAAUGUUUAUUUUUAAAACUGGUAAAUUGAAUCAUAUCUGUGUAGAUUAGAGUUGUGAUCUAUUUAAUGGUACUGUUUUAAUGUUUCUGCCCAUUCUAUUGAGUCAUAAUUAAGCAGCUAGAUGUUGAAUAAAAACACAAAAUGCUGGCGGAAUUCAGCAGGCCAGACAGCAUCUGUGGGAGGAGGCAGUGACGAUGUUUUGGGCUAAAACCCUUCAUCAGGAGUGCAUCACUACCUCCUCCCAUAGAUGCUGUCCCCUGCUGAGUUCUGCCAGCAUUUUGUGUUUUUAUUUAUUUCCAGCAUCUGCAGAUUCACUCGUGUUGCCUGUGAAUUCUCUACUGCGGAGCUAAGUGUUGAAGAUCAUUAACUUGCCCACCAAUUUGAAAGUUCACUGAAGCUGCUUUAAUUGAGAACUUAAUCAACCUGUCCUAGACUGAAUAACAUCAUUUAUCCACUAGAUGGUGACACAGCUCUGUUUAAGCAGCAAUCCAAACCAGUAUAUUUCCACUUGACAGAGUGCAAAUAUAUUGCAAGUGCAUUUCCAAAUCAUGGUUCAGAUUGAACUGUGGGGAAAAAUAGUGUUUGGAUGCAGCAUAUAGGAAAAUUACACCUUCUAAUAUCUGUUUAUUAUUUUAGUCAGAACCCUGAAUUAUGUCCCUUAUUCCAAAGAUGAUUCAGAAUUUCCUAGAAUUUUCCAAUGUAAUUACUCAGAAUUCUCACAUAACUAUAUUCUCCUAAGACAGUGAAGGAAACUAUUAAACUCUUUGAAUCAUUGUCAGGCAGGCACCUCCCAGUCUCCACUCAGGCCUUUUAAACCCAGCUCUCAUCCACAGCCCUUGUUCACACUGCAAAGCAGCCAGCCUCAACCAGCUGCACUUGGCCUUCAAUUGCUUUGCUGCCUUGUCCUGUUAAGUAUCUGAUCUCUCUUGUUUUGAGGCCUCUCAUGGCUUGCUAUUUUGCAGUUUAUCAGCAAAGUACUGCUUAUUGCUAAAAGCAUCUCCACUGCUGUACAUUUUCUGACAGGAUGAGUGAGCCAAUGAUUAACCCAGCAGAGUGCACUUGCCUAAAAGAAGUUGUCCGUAAAUAGGAGUGCAGCAGUGCCGAUCUGCUCACCACUCAACCAGAUCUCCAUCUCGAUACAGCACUGCUGCCCAGUCAACCUCCUCCCUUGAAGCCCCAAAUUCCAGUACCCAGUUGCACUUCAGUUCCACCUAUCUGUUUUAUGGUCCAAAUUAAGAUUGCCUUUGUCACCUUUCUCCUGACUGGCGGAGCGCUGACCUGGGAUGCUGCUAAAAAUCAUAACUUACAAUAAAUAUGAGGAACUCACUGCUAAGAUGCUGCGGGGAUUUGACCAUCCAGAAGGUGGAAGGGGGGCAGUGGAUCAGAUACUUUGCCUGCGUCGAGGUUCACGCUAGGUACUGGAUUACAUCAUGGAAUUCAGGACCCUUGUGGCAGAGUGCGGCUGGAAUAUGGAAGCACUGUGGGCCCAUUACCAUCAUGGCCCCUCGGAGCACUUGAAAGACUACCUGUCUACCUGGGAGAUACCCACCAACUGCAAAGGUCUCAUCUCUCUGGCCCUCCAAAUUGGCAAGCGUCUUGUGGACCAACCCUCCAAUUCACCAACCAAACCCCAGUUCCAUUCCCAGAGCUGUUUCAGGCUACAGGGCCUCAUUAUCAAUGCCUGCAGAACCCACACAGGUAGGGAGAGCUCCCUUAACACCCUCAAGAGCAUGAGCGUGGGUGAAGAAACAACUUUGCACUUACUGCGAAGUCAAUCACCAGUAAAGACAAGCGGUCUUCUAUCUGGUAAGCUCCACCUGUCCUCUGGUUGCAACACCAUAGUCCAACUCACUCUCACUGUUGUUCACCACACCCCCCCAACAGCCCUAUGCACACAGGAGGCUCUGAUGGAUUCCAGUAGAGCAAGCAACUUCCUGGACUGGACUUUGUGUGUGUGUGUGCAGCUCGGACUUUCUACCGAGCCUAUCUUCCACCCUUACAGCAGCGUGGCCAUUGACACAUGUCCCUUGUGGUUCUGCAUUGUCGGAGUGUGCGCACUGUACAUAGGAGAGCAUCCAAUUCCUCCUUAUCACCUCGCCCUACUAUCCUCUUAUCUUGGGUUACCCCUGGCUCUCCUCUCAUGACCCUCACAUUGCCUAGUCAUUCAGUUCAUUGCAAACUUAGCCAAUUUCUCCCUAUAAAUCCAUGGAGACCGAGAAAACUCUCGACCUCACCAGACUUCCACUGGAAUACCACGACUUAGCCAUCGCCUUCGGUGAAAAAAAAGCCAGCACCCUGCUGCCUCAUGGACCAGUUGCCACACCUGACAAUUUGCAUGUACGCGAUGGUCACCAUGUGCUCUUAGACACACCAGUGGGCCUACUCCUUGACCCUCUCUGGAAAGCCAGGUGCACCAGAGACUCUGGAUUUUCUGCGACACUGGUUCUGAUGGCCACUAUCAUCGCAGAUGUACAUCAGUUCAUCACUGUCUGCACCCGAUGUGCCCAGUCCAAUUCCUCCAACCAACAGCCCUCAGGACUCCUGUGUCCCCUGAUCUGAGGUCCUACAUCACGAUGGAUUUCGUCAUGGGUUUGCUACCGUCCGAUGGGGUCUUGGUGAUUGUGACAGUGAUGAACCAGUUCUUCAAGGUGGCCCACUUGCCCUCCCCGAACAUCCAUCAGCUGCUGAGAUGGUGGACCUGCUUCUCAAGCGUGGAGUUCAAGUCCAAGGUUACCUCAGAACAGUGGAGUCCACAAUUUUGUCUCUCGCUUCUGUUGAGCUCCUUUCUCCCUUCUCCGCACCUCAGGGAGUUGUCCUCUCACUAUCAUCUGCAGACAGAUGCUCAAUCUGAAAGAGAAUCCGCAAAUGGAAAAGUUUCUUCAAUGAUUCAUGACCUCUAACUCUUCCACAUGGAAGAUGUAUCUGCUCUGUCCCACAAUCUGCACACCUCUGCCACAGAUAUAUCACCUUUUGAAGUGCUUCAAGGCUACCAAUCCCAUUGUUCCCCAUGGUGGUCCUAUACUCCAGGGCCCUGGUUUGCUGAGGGUACAGAGGACAGUCAGCCAGAGAAUUCCAGCGUGGGGACUGUGGGUGGGUCCCUGACCACCUGAGAUCAGCCCCUGCACACCACCUCCCACAAGUUCUUGCCCCGAUUCAUUGUUCAUUUGAAGAUUAUCCAUCGCAUCAACCAGUCACUUACCAUCUCCAGCCGCACCAGCCCACAGGAUCACACCGACUUUCCUUGUGUCCUGCCUCAAACCAGUUGUCCAUGGACCACUCAACCCACCAGAGCCUGCACCUCCAGAACCAAGGAUGGUGGAAGGCAGUCCAGUGUACGUAGUUCACCAGUUGAUAGAUUCAUCAUCUUGUGGACAGGGUGUGCAGUACCUGGUCAACUGGGAAGGUUAUAGCCUGGAAGAGAGGUCUUGGGUGCCAUCCAGUUUCACCUUGGAUCUAUCACUCAUUGAGGAGUUCCAUCAGAACCAUCCAGAUAACUCUGGGCCAUUGAAUGCUGGCCAUAGGACAGAUGGUCCUGUCAGGUGUACACAGGCAGGUACCUCCCAGUCUCCACACAGCUAAUGAGCCACCUGUCAUUCAUUUCCAACUCACCAACUGCAACCUAUUUAAAUCCAAUUCUCACCCACAGCCCUUGUUCACCCACCAAACCAGCCAGCUAAAACCAGUUGCUCCUAGCCGUCAGUUACCUUUGUUAUUAAACUGCAAAAUAACAAGCCCCAAGAGGCCACAAAGCAAAAGAGAACAGACACUUAACACAACGAAGUAUCAUUUACAGCUAAAAUAGUCUCUGCUGCUCUACUUCUGGGUCGGGCCUCUACAUUUCCUGGCAGUCAACAUCCGAGUUACCCCUUCUAUCCUAUCCCCCCCACUUACCUCCCGCAGCUUUGGGAAUUGGGAGAAAACUGGAGAACCGAGAAGAAACCUAAGCAUUCACAGGGAGAUCAUGAAAACCCCCUACAACUUCAGAAGUCACAAUCGAACUCAGGCUGACCUCUGAAGCAGCGAAGCACCAAGGCUACCUACUAUCCUGCAGUGCUAACCGCAGUUUCACUACAUGCAAAUUUCUCUGUUCAUGAAUAUGCCAAAAUAUUCAAUUGCUCAUUCAAAAAAAAGCUGAACCUCAUGCAAUAAGAAAAUGAUCAUGCAUAUUUCCUGCAUUCACAUGAUUCUUGUACUGGUGGUGAUAUACUGUACAGUCCAAAAUUUUGAGCAGCAAACCCUAGUCUUCAUGAGAUCAGUGCCACUGUGAUUCCUAAACUUUGUUAUUUUCUCUUUUUUUUAAAAGUAGGCUUCUUUUCGAGACAUUUUUUCACAUUUAAAUGAAAGUUCAGUCUUGCUACCUUGAAUACAAUUUGAAUUCUGAAUUAUCAAAGCCAAAAUUUAAGUGAUAUCUUUAAAAAAUCAUACAUCUUUCCAUUUGAAUCAUUUCCUAAUUUAUUAUAAAUCUUCAAUUUUAAUUUAUGUUUACUCAGAAAAGCAUUCUAUCUAACCUCUUUCUCUUCAAAAUAUUAACUAAACUUACCAAUUGUUUUGAGUUUUAAUUCCAGGUAUUGCCUAGUUUAAAUUUAGAAACAAUAUUCAUUAAAAAUAUAAAACUCCACCUUGAGGAUUUUGAACCCCAGAGAUUCCAAGAUUUAGACAGCUCCUUCACAAAUGUAACCAGCCAGGUGCACCAGUGUUUGAAGAUAUAAAAAUUGUAUUUUCCACCUUGCAUUCUUUAGCUUGUAUAUAUAGUAUUGCUUUGUUAUUUCCAAUUGUGGAAUUUCAACCCAUUGGCUUUAGACUAGGUUGAAGGUGACACUAACAAAGCAGAUGUGUAGGAGUCUAUGACUGGAAGAAUGUGGUGUCAUAACCAGCAGAUUGAUCCUCUCAGUAUCUUCCCCUGUGAAGGUAGUGUGGUGGUGAGGGUUGUCUGUGGAGGGAGGUGGUGGAAUGGUCUGUAUUUGUUCAGGAUGGAGCCAAGAAGUAUUGUUAAAGGAAAUCUUUUAAAUAUACAGAUCCAUAUAUUUCCUGAACUUUCCAUGAUAUCUUGAAUAAGGUAUGGUACCUCAUCCCAGGUAUAUUAAAAUGUGAGCAAAGUGAGGAUCUUGAAGAAUUGAACCAUAUCUGUGCAAAAUUAUCACCUUGCUACGAGAAUCUCCAAAUGCUUGUUAUUGAAAAAUAGACUUUAGUAUUCUGAGCACCAUCUUGCUCUUUCAGUUGGUGUUUUGUUGUUGCUGGCUUGGAAGUAUCAUUGUAAUGUCGUUAACCAUUUCUGAGAAAGUUGAUUUGAUGGUGUAGGACUGUAUAGGGGUUCAGGAUUAUGGGAUACAUAUUUGUAUUGGCAAUGAUAGGUCAACAAUAGCUGUGCAAUAUCUGGGAUUAUGUAUUAUAGAAAUAGGACAACUUUUGUGUGUGGAUGUUGGGGGGAGGGGAGGGCAACAAAUCAAGAUUAGAAGAAAGCCAUUAAGUUUUUGUUCAAGACUGUAUGGCUCAGUGGAAUGUGUGGUGCAGAGGAGAGGAAUAUUAAAUAAAAAUUGGAAGAAACAUUUGAGUGGAUAGAUUGCUGAAGUGCUGCAAGUUAAUCCUAGAACAUUAUUUUGUAAAAUUUAUUCAUCACAUUUUCUAUAUACAGUAUUUAUCCCAAACACUGUUAUCCAGUAUUGAUCAGGAAACAACAAAAUACACAGGUUCAUGAUUUGCAAUGUCGUGUCAUGAAGCUGAGCCUUUGCACAAAACCAAAGUUAAAUGAUAUCUUAACCAAAUUAAAAAAAUGAGAAUUGCACAGCACCCAGCAGGAGAACGCAGUGCAGUUAUUUUGGAAUCUUCUUAUAAAAAGACAUUUAACUGAAGAAUAUAUAAAAACUGUGAAUAAUUUAUUUUUUUACUGUAUAUAACAGAACCCAAUUUGACUAAUAAGAAAUGUUUGGAUAUUGCUAUAAUCGAAACAUUUUUUCUUUAUGUAGCUUUGAAAAAUAAAAAGAUUCAAAAAUGUAGAUAUUUGAAUAUUGGUGAUAAAAUAGCAAAUUGUUUGGCACACAUUGACAACUUUCAAAACAAGUCUUCUUCCAGAUUAUUCAAAAUGAGUCUCUGCCUCUUCAUUCCACACAGUUGGCUAUAAAUUCACAUGAGUCAAAUGUGAUGCAAAUUGAUUUGAUUUUUGAGCAAUAUUUAGCUUGGGAAUAUCUAAAUGCAAUGUAAUAUGUAUUUUAUAUAAACACCUGUUAAAAAACUUUAUAUUGUAUACAUUGUGAUUCUUUGGAACUGUGUUAAUUUUUAAAGCAACUCAAAUUGAUUUGCAUUGUCAACAAUGCAAAUGUCAACAGAGCAAAAUAUCAAUUUAGUCUUAUUUAACAAACUAAUUUACAUUAUUCCUGCUAUACUGCUAAGACUGAAGUAUUCAUUUGAUAAGUUAUAUUUGGCAUCUUUAAAUUUCAUUCAUAACUAUAAAAUAAAGUAUUCCCAUUUGUUUUAGGUUUGUCUUUAUUUAUUUCCUGUUGGUUGUUUGCAUUUAAGUAGCCAAAUGUAUAAUAUUUAGAUAAGAGGAGAGAUAUGGAUCAUGGCCUUGCUGGCUUUAGUUCCAAAAAACAAAUCCACCCUUUUCCAAAAAUUUGCCUGAAAUUUAAUUAUCAUGUCUGCUGUGGGAAGUCAUUUUCACAAUCGAUGUCCAAUUUUUCCAUCCAUUUAAAUUCAGUACUACAUUAUUUUGCCACACACAUCAUAAGACAAUGUGUAUGGAAUCAAAUAAUAACAUUGGUGAAUGAAAUUGAACUGAGAACACCAGCAUGAGGUGCAGCAUCAAACAAAAUUGUACCUUAAUUGUUUGGAAUAUUUUAACAAAUUUGUUAAAUAUUGAUUUUUGUAAUUAACAAAAUCAACAAAAUUUACAUGUUUCACUAGAUGUACUGUAGAACUUGGUUAGAAGUUACUACGGGCAACAUUAUGGAAUAUUAUCUAAAGAAUAUUUCUUCUGAUCUGUAUUUGAUCUUGUUUUGAUACUUUAUGCAAAUUCUUCAAAAUGAAAAUCUAUGUAUUUUACUUUUAUAAUUAUUUUCCAUAAGGAAAUGCGAUAAAGUUCUUCUUGAAGCAGAACUCAAGGUAUAUAUGAAUCUUUGUCUUCAUGUGUGUGUCAAAGGAACAUUAUGAAUAUAUAGACAAUGCACAUGUAUAAUCUGUCCCAUGCAAGAUAAGAUGCCCAUUUUCUAAAAUUUCAUUAGAAGGCCUUGAAUUAAGCUCUGUAAUUUGUGUAUGUUUCCUAAAUUCCAAUAAAAUUCUGCCAAAUUGUUAAGGCUCUGUUGGACACAAUUGAAUGCAAAAGGAUUUAAUGUU